GGGCAUGGCCCUCUUCUUGCAGGAGCUGUUGCUGCCGCAGCCACUCAGCUUCCCGGGCCUGGCCCUCGCCGCGGCCCUGCUGCUCGCGGUCCUGUGCUUGCGCUCCCUGCGCACCAGGAGACCUGGUGAGCCUCCACUAAUAAAGGGCUGGCUUCCUUAUCUUGGAGAGGCCCUGAAAUUACAAAAGGAUCCUUUAGGUUUCAUGAAAACUCUUCAAAAGCAACAUGGUGACACUUUCACUGUUCUCCUUGGAGGAAAGUAUAUCACAUUUAUCCUGGAUCCUUUUCAGUACCAGUUAGUAAUGAAAAGUCACAAAUUAAGCUUUCGAGUAUUCACUAAUAAACUAUUAAAGAAAGCAUUUUCCAUCGAAAAGUUGGCAACCAAUGAUGACAUGAAUGAUGAUCUUCAUGGCUGCUAUCAUCUUUUACGAGGGACAGCUUUAGAUAUACUCACAGAAAACAUGAUGCAGAAUUUAAAACAAGUUUUUGAACUCCAACUAUUAAAAACCACAACUUGGAACACAGCAUACCUGUUGACAUUCUGCAGCUCGGUAAUAUUUGAGGUCACGUUCACAACCAUAUAUGGACAAUCUCUUGCUGGCAAUAGGAGAAAAUUUAUUACUGAGCUAAGAGAUGAUUUCUUAAAAUUUGAUGACAAAUUCCCAUAUUUAAUAUCAGACAUACCGAUAGAGCUUCUAGGAAAUGUCAAAUCUAUUAGAAAGAAACUUAUAAAACUCUUGACAUCAGAACACUUAGCUAAGACACAAGGAUGGUCAGAAGUUGUUCAAAUGAGGCAAGAUAUCCUGGAGAAAUACUAUACACUUGAGGACUUUGAAAUAGGAGCACAUCAUUUAGGCUUUCUCUGGGCUUCUGUGACAAACACUAUUCCAACUAUGUUCUGGGCGAUGUAUUACCUUCUCCAGCACCCAGAAGCUAUGGCAGUGCUGCGUGACGAAAUUGACCAUUUGCUGCAGUCAACAGGUCAAAAGAAAGGGUCUGGAUUUCCCAUCCACCUCACCAGAGAACAAUUGGACAGCCUGGUCUACCUAGAAAGCACCGUUCUCGAGGUUUUACGACUAUGCUCAUUUUCAAGCAUCAUUCGUUUUGUUCAAGAGGACUUGACUCUACAUUCAGAGACGCAGGACUACUGUUUGCGGAAGGGGGACUUGGUAGCCAUCUUUCCUCCAGCCAUACAUUAUGACCCGGAGGUCUUUGAGGCUCCAGAGGAGUUUAGAUUCGAUCGUUUUGUAGAAGACGGUAAAAAGAAAACUGCCUUUUUCAAAAACGGGAAGAAGCUGAAGUAUUACCUGCUGCCAUUUGGAUUUGGAGCCAGCAAGUGUCCAGGCCGAUUUUUGGCAAUUGUUGAAGUAAAGCAGUUGUUGGUUAUACUUUUAACUUACUUUGAUUUAGAAAUAAUUGAUGAUAAACCUAUGGAAGCAAACUACAGUCGACUUUUAUUUGGCAUUCAGCAUCCGGCUUCUGAUGUUUUAUUCAGGUACAAAGUAAAAUCUUAGAGAAGGAAAAAAAGAAAGAAGAGAAAUGUAUCCAAACUAAUCUAAAUGUCCGUGGCUCAUCUAUUUGUUUUGAAUUUCUGCAAAUAUAAUUGCUUUGUUUGUUUGUUUGUUUUAAAAAGUGCAAAUUUAUAUUUGAUCGGCGAUCAGUCCCGUUCGUACCUGGUCACAAAACCCAUCAUAAACUAAAACAGGAUGUUGACAUGAAAAUAGACAUCAAAAUCAGCAUAAUGAUAAAAUAGCUUUUUUAUGUUUUUCUACAUAUUGUGAUGUUUUCUUGUCAUGAUAAAUGUACCACAAUAAAUUUGGCUCUGUGGGAUUUUUUUUUUAAGUCACUCAGAUUCUUCUCUAAUACGUAAAAUCACACUUUAUGUACUAGUGGAAAUUUGUGCUGAAAAUGGACACAGUCUAACAAAUUCCAAAUUCUCAGAGAAGAAGGAAAUUAAAUUUUCAUGAGAUAAACUGGAUGAAAAUGUUCCCUUCAAGUGUAAUAUCAAUAAUGUCUAUACCACCUGGGUACGUUUCCCUUAAAUGAGUUUUGCAGUAGAUUAAAUGCUCCAACUUCACUUCAAUAUUUAAUCAUCCAUAAGUGUUCUUUAUUAUUUUGUAUACUAAGGCUCAAUGCAACAAAAUUUCUUGUUAUGUAAGACCACUCAUGUUGAGUUAGAUACUGAAAAGAUUUAAUGUAUAAGAACACACAAAACCUAUUACAUAUUCAACAUUUGCCUGAGACUUUGGUAUUUGUUUGGUAAGAGCAAAUGUUAAAAUCAUGACAGGAUUGAUGGUAGCACUUGGUUUUAGUGUAAACUCUGAUGAUUAUGCCAGUAUUGCAGUGAACUCUUUCCUAAAUGCUUCCAUUUAUAUAAACUGAGAAAUCAGAUCGCAGUAUUUGUUCUUGACACAUCACCUUUCGGACUUGGAGUUGAUCUGUAUUCUUUGGAGUUACACCAUUAUAGAAUGCAGUAUAAUUUUAAAUCCCACAGUGCAGCAUUGUGUCCAUAACUCAGAGCUUUCUAAUUUCAAUUUACCAGGUGAUUAUUUGGCAUCUGACCUAAAUGAUGCCUCUGUACUUAAACAGGAAAAGCAGGUAAUAAAAUUCAGUUAAUUUGCAUCACGUGGAUUGGAACUUCUACUAUUCCAGUGUUGCACUACUGUUUUUUAAAAGGAGAUUUAUUUUUAAGGUAACAUUAUAAAAUUCUUACAAUACUUACUAAUCAAUAGAUGCUCUAGGAUUUAUAGUCUCCUUCUUGAAGUACAUGCUCUAAAUAUUUCUUAGUGGGGCUCUGCUAGCUGAGCUCUGCUCUAGUUGAUUGGAGAUGUCUUUAUUUUUGCCUUCGUUCUUGACAGUUGAUUUUGCUGUGUGCACAAAUCUAUUUCCUCCCAGCCCUCUGAAGAUACUGCAUGUUCUUAUGGCUUCCAUCAUUGCUGUCAAGAGGUUAGCCGUUACUUUAAUUAUUCAGAAGGCAGUCUGCCUCUUCUCUCUGAUAGGGUUAACGUGUUCUUUUUGUCUUUGAUGUUCUUAGUCUCAAUUUCUCACUCUUGCAUGUCACAGUGCCUCUUGAGUCUGAGAAUGUGUGUCUUUCAUUGGGUAGGAAGUAUUCUUAGCCAUAAUCUUGGAGUAAUACCUCUCCCAGACUCUAUUAGAUCCUCUCUCUCUACACUCCAUGUUGUUUGAUCUUUCCUCCCCAUUUUUUCUACCUCUAUUUUAUAUUCUAGGUCAUCUGUUUAGAUCUCACUGUCAGUUUUGUCUUUACACCGUGUACCUAAUCUGCUCUUUAUCUCAUCCAUGGAGUUUGUUUCUUUCUUUUUAUUUAACUUCAUAGCAUUGAGUAAUCAUGCUCCUUAUACUUAUUAGUUUAUGGUACACAGUUAUGAUUUGUCCCCUCUGCUUUUAUCUACUUAUUCUAUCUUAUUCCUAACCUUCACUGCUAUACUCCUCCCUGUCAUAGGCAAGCAUUCAAUGUGUUUGAUAUUCGUCUUUUCAUAAGUAUAUAUUUUUAUAGAAUAUAGUACCUGUGUGCAUGUUAAUUUACAUAAAUGAAUUUUCUAUAUAAGAGAUCCUUCUUAAUUUUCUUAUUAAACUCUAUGUUUUUAAAGAUAUAUUCGUAUUACUUUAUAUAUAUGUAUACACACACACAUAUACAUAUAUAUUUAAUCUGUUGCUUCUAACUGCUAUGCCAUAACAUGUACCCACCAUGUUUUAAAUCUCUUCAUCCUGUGAUAGAAACUGUAUCCAUCAGAUACUUAAUUGGGGGUAGAGGCCAAAGUAGGAACAAAAAAUCCUCCCACAGCUGUGUCCACAAUCUUCUACUCUGGACUGCUACCCCUGUAGUGCGUGUGCACACGUGCAUGCACACACACACACAUACACACACACAGUCCGUGACUGCCUGCAUUCUCUCUGAGAUGUUCUAGAUUUGUUAUGUUCUCUCCUCAGGUCCUUACGACCCUCUUCCUUCUGUGGGUUGAUUUUGAGCCAGGGUGCCAGCUGCCAACUUGUCAGCUUUCAGUUUUUCUGAUCCCACUGAAUGUGCUAAGUUCAAUGAUUACAUUUUCAAUUUGAGAACGCUCUUUUGUUCUUCCUAUCUGGUCUUUUUUUUUUUUUUUUUUUUCAGAUUUUAUUUAUUAAGAGAGAAAGAGAGAGCACA